AUGCCUUUUCAAGUUUAUAAAUUACAAAAAUUUCUUACAUACCCUGAACUUGCCUUCAAGUGGGCCUUUUUUGAGCCAUUCAUCUGGAGUGGCAAUCGUCACCGCCAUCAGCCGACUGCUUGGUAUUACAUAAAGCACUGCAUCUACAUAUUCGGUUUAUUUACCUUGGUGGGACAAAUUAUGGCACUCUUCUGCAAUUUGUAUAUGCCACAUACCACACCAGAGGCUGAGGCAUAUGAAAAUAGUGAAUCGAAAGUGUUUGAGGCAACCGCAUUAAUUUGCUACUUUUCUUGUUGCUUGUACAAAAUGUGGAACAUCUUUUGGCGACGCAAGGAUAUCGGUCCACUCUUGGAGAAAUUCAAUGAGUUAUUUCCGAGCGUUGUUAUACAGAAGAAGCUUGCUGAAGCCAGUGAUUAUAAAACUGAACCAAAGAGGGGAUCCGGUGGCUACUAUCGCCUCGCCUACUUUGAAGAAAAAUCACGCGCUAGAAUGCGAUUUAUGACUAAAUACUUUGCGUUCGCCUACUUCUACUAUAAUAUGAUACCGAUACUACAACUUAUUUAUGAAAUAUUGUCACCAAAUCAAACUGUUACUUACAAAACGCAAUCGAACGCCUGGUUUCCGUGGCAUAAUCACAAUAAGCAUUCCACUUUUGUUGGAUUCAUUUUCAACUAUCUCGUACAAGCAUCAGCAGAAUUUGCCGGCAUCAACUUUAUAAUGUGUGGUGAAUAUCUUUUUGGUUUUUUUAAUACACAAAUGCAAUUGCACUUUGAUUAUUUGGCCAUUGCUUUGGAGACGUUGGACGCAACCGCGCCUGAUGCCAUGAAACAGCUGAAAACGCUUAUCAGCUAUCACGCAAACUUAUUACGUCUUUUCAAUGAAAUCAAUUCCAUUUUCAAUUUUACCUUCGCGCUGGACUUAAUAAAUGCCACUUUUGCCAUAUCUUUGAUGGGCUUGGCUAUGGUUAUGAUCGAAUUCGGGCGCGCUGUAAUGUUUUCAGCUGGCUUUUCCUUCUUUUUAAUACUCAGCUACGUAUUUUGUAAGAAUGGCGAUGAACUUACCGAUGUGAGCAAUAAAUUGAGCUCGGCUUCGUUCUAUAGCAAUUGGUAUGAGGGUUCUCUGGAAUAUCGUCGCAUGAUUAUCUUCUUCAUUAUGCGUACCAACAAACCAUGCGAGUAUCAGGCUUAUGGAUACACAGCGAUCUCUAUGGUGACCUAUAUGCGGAUGUUAAAGCUAUCUUACCAGCUCUUCACAUCUUUUCGGGCCAUUGAAUAG